CCUGGUCCUCGGGGCGACGGGCGGACGCUCGGCGGGGCCAUGGCGCUGCGCGCGCGAGCGCUGUACGACUUCAGGUCGGAGAACCCGGGGGAGAUCUCGCUGCGGGAGCACGAGGUGCUGAGCCUGUGCAGCGAGCAGGACAUCGAGGGCUGGCUGGAGGGCAUAAACAGCCGCGGCGACCGCGGCCUCUUCCCGGCCUCCUACGUGCAGGUGAUCCGCGCCCCCGCCGCCGAGCCGCCGCCCCCCGCCCGCUACGCCAACGUCCCCGCCGGGGGCUUCGAGCCGCUGCCGCCGCCCGCCGCCUUCAAGCCGGCCGCGCAGCAGCCCGAGCCCUUCCCUCUGCCGCCCGCCGCCGCCGGCUACCCCUUCCCGCCGGCCCCCUACGGCGGCGCCUACCAGCCCAGCCAGGGCAGUGAUGACGACUGGGACGACGACUGGGACGACAGCUCCACGGUGGCGGAUGAGCCGGGCGCCCUGAGCGGCUCCUACCCCGACUACGAGGCGGCGGGCGGCGGCGCGGCGCCGGGCCGAUACCGGCUGUCCACGCGCUCCGAGCUGUCGCUGGGCUCCCGCGGCGGCGGCCACCCCGCGGGACACCCGCACCCGUCCGGCGGCGGCGGGGCCAAGAGCUCGGCCACGGUGAGCCGCAACCUCAACCGCUUCUCCACUUUCGUCAAGUCGGGCGGGGAGGCCUUCGUGCUGGGCGAGGCGUCGGGCUUCGUGAAGGAUGGAGACAAGCUGUGCGUGGUGCUGGGCCCCCGCGGCCCCGAGUGGCAGGAGAACCCCUACCCCUUCCAGUGCUCCAUUGAGGACCCCACCAAGCAGACAAAAUUCAAGGGCAUGAAGAGCUACAUUGCCUACAAGCUGGUGCCCAGCCACACCGGGCAGCAGGUGCAUCGCCGCUACAAGCACUUUGACUGGCUCUACGGGCGCCUGGCUGAGAAGUUUCCUGUCAUCUCCGUGCCCCACCUGCCCGAGAAGCAGGCCACCGGCCGCUUCGAGGAGGACUUCAUCUCCAAACGUCGCAAAGGCUUGGCCUGGUGGAUGGACCACAUGUGCAGCCACCCCGUGUUGGCACAGUGUGAUGCCUUCCAGCACUUCCUCACCUGCCCCAGCACUGAUGAGAAGGCCUGGAAGCAGGGCAAACGCAAGGCCGAGAAAGACGAGAUGGUGGGUGCCAACUUCUUCCUGACCAUCAGUGUCCCCACUGGCCCUGGGGCUGUCCUGGACUUGCAGGAGGUGGAAAGCCAGGUGGAUGGCUUCAAAGCCUUCACAAAGAAGAUGGAUGAGAGCGCCCUGCAGCUCAAUCACACCGCCAAUGAGUUUGCCCGCAAACAAGUCACUGGUUUCAAGAAGGAAUACCAGAAGGUGGGGCACUCCUUCAAGUGCCUCAGCCAAGCGUUUGAGCUGGACCAGCAGGCCUUCUCGGCUGGCCUCAACCAAGCUAUAGCCUUCACUGCAGAAGCCUACGACACCAUCGGGGACCUGUUUGCAGAUCAGCCUCGACAGGACCUAGAUCCUGUGAUGGAUUUGUUAGCACUCUAUCAGGGGCAUUUGGCCAACUUUCCAGACAUCAUCCAUGUCCAGAAAGGAGCCCUCACCAAAGUAAAGGAGAGUAAGCGGCACGUGGAAGAGGGGAAGAUGGAGCUCCAAAAAGCAGAGGGCAUUCAAGAACGCUGUAAUAUUAUUUCUUUCGCGACCCUAGCAGAGAUUAAUCAUUUCCACAAAAUCCGUGUGAGGGACUUUAAAUCACAGAUGCAGCAUUUCUUGCAACAGCAAAUACUCUUUUUUCAAAAAGUGACACAAAAGCUAGAAGAAGCUCUUCACAAGUAUGACAGCGUUUAAUCUCUGAACUUUGAAUUGUGGACUUUGCUCAGUAUGAACAUGACUUAAGCAGCGGAACAAACUCUGCUGCUGUUAAAGAGCUAUUACCAGUGGUAGAUGUGGUACAAGAAUGGCUUGUGUUCACUUGGAAUCAGGAUUUUCUCUCUGAUUAUGUAGAAAGGAAACAGUUAUAGGGCUAUGUAGUAGAAACAGUACCACGCAUUAUAACUGAGUUAUACCGUGUAUGCCUACACUACCAUUGUAACUUUUUUGAAAUAAUGAGUAUACUAUUUGCCUUAUUGCUUUUUGAAACAUGGUAUUUUAGUGCAUACUUUGUAGACCUCAAAACCCUUUGGGUCUUUAAGGAAGUUGGCUAGAUAAAAGCCUGCUUCAGCUGCCUUUUUACUUUCCUAGAUUUGGAUUUCCUAAAUUCAAACGAUUCUCUGUUUACAGACUCCUACUAGAGCAGCUAUGUGAUUCUGUGCCUUUAGACUCUAUUUUUCCUUUUCUAGUAAGUCACAUUUUUAUGAUUGAAUGAAUGAAGGGUUGAUGCCUAUGACAAGAACUGAUUAUGAAACCUCAUAUUAACUGGAAAGAAAUGAGCUGCCAUCCAGUUUGCACAGCAAGUACUGUCUUACAAGAAACGUUGGCUCAAAAAGUAGAACUUAAAUCUAUUCAGACUUUCCCUGAAAGUGGAGACUACUUGUUACAUGUACUAGGAUGUUAAGCACAUAUACGACAGUACACCACUGAACCCCCCGUUCAAAAAUGAAUAUUACGCUGAGGGGGAUUUUAGUAUAAAGCAUUACUGUGAGUGGGAAUUUGAACUAGCCUAAUAACAGUGAUGCUUAUCAUGGGGAUAUAAAUGCAGGCUAUGUUGAUAGAACUUCUGUGAGUAGAAAAUUAUUUGCUCAUUGUUCAGUUGCUGAUUCAGUUUAACUUCAGACUUGCAUCUACACUGCCUGUUGUCUAAGUUGGGACUCCACUGUGAUUCAUUAGUCUACUCUAAGGUUACAGAUUUUCAGGGAUGUUCAGUAAUAUAAAUGAUCUGAAAUAAGUCUUGGCUGAACUGACCUGGAAAACAGGUGGCAUGUUUAUGUUUAUAACACUUGUCUUAAUUUUUGUAUAAAUAUUUUUGACAAGCAGGGUGCAUUUAUAUAUAUGUAAACACUAUAUUUUAAAGAAUUUUCUGGCUUAUUUCCCUUGAAUUAAGUCUGAAGUUUGUGUUUAUAACCUAUUGGUUCCCUUCUUAUAGGUCAGUAUCAGAAGGGGUUUUUAUUUAUCCUAUCCUAUUCCUCCUAAACAAAAAUAACAGAACCUUCCAAGGAGGCAAAAUGUUUCUUUUCUUUUUUUUUUUUAAUUAAAUUUAAUCACAGAUAGAUUAAAUGAACAAAAACCUGGAAAAGGAAGUUAAGCAAUAGUUACCUUAAAGUACAAAUCAUUCCUCACCUAUGCAGUAGAAAUGUCCACUUAUUUCACUUGAUCAUGUUGGUUUCUGUAGCUUUAACCCCACACCUCUGUUUCACAGGAAUAAAUAUGUUGGUGGCUCUGAAAGUUAUACCUCCCAUUCCAUGGAAGCUACAGCAGAUACAAAGAGCACAAUAACACUAUUUGAUAGUGUUCUGUAGCUUGGAAAUUCCUCUAUUUUUCAACACGGUCGUAACUGCUUGCCAUGCAUUUUCAGUAGCCAGGAAUGAGAACCUUCAUGCUGCACUCAUAUACAUUGGCACAGAGGUGACCAAAUGUCACUGUUGCUAUGGCUGAAAUGCACCACCCACUGCCUCUCUAUGCUUACAUCCACUGUUCAGGCUCUAUAAACAUUCUGCAACCAUCGGUGAAUGUCAGGGUGCCGUUUUUUCUGCUUGAAGGAAUUCAGUGACACACCUUUGCUUCAUCCACACUUCCACAUCGGACGCCGUUCUGUCAGACUGUCCCUGUGCUGCCAUCCUUUGCAUGGCAACAACAUGCAACAGAACACUGGUGGGAAAGUUCAGCUUCUAGUGCCAUACCACCAUCACCUGCCUCUGAUGUCAUGGGCCAACAUAAUAAAACAAGAAGCAUUACUUUUGGAGCAGCCCUCAUAUACAAAUGUGGUUUUGGUUUUAAGAUUCACCCAGAGUGUUUGGCAGAUUGCUAUAUUGACCACUUGCAUUCAUCAGUGCUCCUAAUAGUACCCUAGAAAGUGAAAUACAGAAUGAUGAAGAGGAAAAAAAUCACAGUGUUUGUAAAAGAAAGGACAAUCAGUGAGGAAGGAAUCAAUUUGCAGGCUACCAAAAGAGUGCUGCAAGCAUCGAUGUUGACUGUAACAUAAGGACCAUAAUCAUAGGGCUGACUUGCUCUUUAUCUUCCUCAUGGUAUUUCAUUCUGUAUUCAGAACUCAGCACUUCCUUUAACAGCUCUUCCCGCCACUGCUCCAACUUCCUGAGUCGUUUAAUUACCUGAGCCAGCAAUGAGCCAGGUUUGAGCUGUUACGUGGCUUAUGGCUGCGUAAGCCAGAUACUGUUUCAUUAAAUAAUUUUGCAGUAAUUAGAUCAGACUACAAUCAGAGUAAUUAUGUGUGAUGGUAUUAAGACCUGAUCAGAAAUUGAUCUUGGUUCAGUUGAAGUAUUCUAGGAGGUUAGUAUUAACGAAAUGUACAUGUCCAUGGGGAUAUUAAGCUGUGAUAUGUAUACAACAUUAUCAGACAGGUACAGUUUUCCCAAAUAAACUGUCAUGGCCUUCACCUUA